GAACAAGGAGCCCUGUGAAAGAGGCCAUGUUCGGUAGAAGGAAAAAGGACAACGGGGUCAGCAAGGAGAAGAACGAUGAGGAUGAGCUGUUGAAGCAAAUGAUGAUGGAUCCAGUCCAGAUUCUUGAAGACUUUGGUCGAGACCCAUCGUUAAUGGCGGAGCUUGCUGCCCUAGGGGGAGAGGAGGCACUAGAUGACACGCUCCUUGCCUCCCUUUCUGUGCCUGCCACCGCCCCUCGCAAGCUGGCUUUGGGCGUUCUUUCUCCCUCCAGCCCGGGCUUCCCGGCUGAGGGCGAGGGGGAGGAAACAGGGACGGAGACGAACAUCUUGGCGUCCGAUGCCCUGAAUACCCGGAAGGGCGACAGGGCUUCAGGAGGGGAAGGAGGGGAGGAAGGGGGAGAGGACUUGGACGAACGCCUCGACGCAGAUGGGGUGCUCGAUGCGGACUUGCAGGACGAGUUGAGGCAACUGGGGUGGAAGGAGGAAGGAAAGGAGGAGGGUGGCGGCGAUGGCGGGGGCAAGGAGGAUGCCCGCGGCUCUCCUACAGAGGCGGGAACGGAAGCGCCCGGAAUUGUUGGGAAGGACGCUAGCGAAAGCCAAUGGCCCAGGGGGGACGAAGAAAACCCAGGAGGAUCGGAGAAAGGGAAGGAGGAGCCCCUCCCUGCCCCGGGGCCUCCGUCCCUCCCUCCUUCCCUCCCUCCAAGCAACGACCUGGAGAUGGCUCGACUGCAGGACGCAGUGAGAGAAAGUAAGGCGAAAGCCGUUGCCCUCAAGAAGGAGGGCAAAAUUUCGGAAGCAGUGUGCGAAUUUCGGCACUUGAAGACCCUGGAAGCAGAAUUGAGCGUACGAGAGACUCUGGCACAGACCUCCGUUCUCGCCCAGUCCAUCCGUCCUCCU